UGCGAGCAGUCUCGAGCUCUGGGUGGCGAUGGUGGAGGAACAAAUGGAACAAUUAGUACACGUUAAAGAGCAUCACCCCAUUGGUGCACGUUAGCAUCCACAAGAUGCUUUCCUGUUACCGUCUGUCUCUUCGAUUCUACUCUUUCCAGUUUCCUUCUCUCAUCUUCCUUAAUUUCUCGUGUUCAGACUUAUCCUGCGCACCCUCAUCACCUCUCUAUCAACCUCGUUCACAUAAUCAAAGGGCUCAUCUUGCUUUAUUAUUACCUACUAAUAAUAAUUCACAAGCUGCUUCCUUCUCUAUGCUUUCUAGGAAAUUCCGGUCUUGGGGGUUCCUUACUCCCUUUUUCAGAGACUGCAAACCCUAAUCUAUGGAGAACAAGCGUCACUCAAAGAACGGAUAUUCAUACUCCAAUCUCUUCAAUCUCGAGUCUUUGAUGAACUUUCAACUUCCCCAACAAGAUGAUGAUUUUGAUAAUUAUGGCAAUAGUAGUCAGGAUGAGAGCAGAGGUAGCCAAGGUAAAGAAGUAAUGGUGGACAGCGAGAAUGGAGUUUUGUUAGGGAGGUCAUCAGGAUUAGGCCGCAAGAAGAAGCGGCAGUACUUUGACACUGAGGCUGGUUCAAAUUCUUCUGCCAGGAGAGACGCUGAAAGUAACGACGAGGACGAAGACAGCGGGUACAGGAACCACAUUACAGAGGAGCACUACCGUUCAAUGCUGGGGGAACACAUUCAGAAGUACCGAAGGGUGAGGUUCAAAGAGACCUCAUCAAAUCUGGCAUCUGCCAGAAUAAAAAUGCCACUUCCAAAGCGUAAUCUCAUCUCUAAAGGCCGGAAGUCGGGGAAUGAGGAUAGAGUGUUACAUGGGAUGGAAACACCAUCAGCGUAUCUGAGGGAAAUUAGUCCUCUUAAGCAUGGGAGCUACUAUGAUGGAGAUUUCGCAGCAGAAUAUGGGAACGAUAGGAUCACUCCCUCAUUAGAUUCUGGUUAUUUGGAUAUUGGGGAGGGCAUCACUUAUAGGAUUCCUCCAACUUAUGAUAAGCUUGCAGCAUCCCUGAAUUUGCCGAGCUUCUUGGAUAUCCAGGUGGAUGAAUAUUAUUUAAAGAGUACACUGGAUUUGGGAUCCCUAGCUGCGAUGAUGGCUUCUGAUAGAACAUUUGGUCAUCAAAACCGAGGUGGAAUGGGUGAGCCUCAGCCGCAGUAUGAAUCCCUUCAGACAAGAUUAAAGGCCUUAUCAGCCAAUAAUUCAGUUCAAAAGUUUGACCUCCAAGUCAGUGACACUGGCUUGAAUUCCUCCAUCCCUGAAGGGGCAGCUGGAGGUAUACAAAGGUCUAUUAUGUCUGAGGGAGGUACCUUGCAAGUUUACUAUGUGAAGGUCUUGGAGAAAGGAGACACGUAUGAGAUUAUUGAACGUAGGCUACCCAAGAAGCAAAUAGUGAAGAAAGAUCCUGCCUCGAUUGAGAAAGAGGAGAUGGAAAAGAUUGGGAAAGUCUGGGUGAACAUUGUGAGAAGAGAUAUACCAAAGCAUCACAGAUUUUUCACUAAUUUCCAUAGGAAACAAUUAACUGAUGCUAAGAGGUGCUCAGAAACUUGUCAAAGAGAGGUGAAACUGAAAGUGAGCAGAUCUCUUAAAUUGAUGAGGGGAGCAGCGAUCCGUACUAGGAAAUUGGCUAGAGAUAUGCUGGUAUUCUGGAAAAGGGUAGAUAAGGAGCAGGCUGAGAUAAGGAAGAGAGAAGAAAAGGAAGCUGCAGAAGCUAUGAAGCGUGAAGAGGAGCUCCGUGAAGCGAAAAGACAACAGCAGAGACUGAAUUUCCUAUUAUCACAAACGGAGCUCUACAGUCAUUUCAUGCAGAACAAAACAACUCCACAAACAUCAGAAGCAUUACCUGUGGGUGAUGGAGAACCAAAUAACCAAGAUUUAUCUCCAAGUUCUUCUGAUGUUAAGCUCGGGGAAGAAGAUCCCGAGGAGGCUGAAUUGAGAAGGGAGGCUCUAAGAGCUGCUCAACUGGCAGUCUCCCAGCAAAAGAAGAUAACUAGUGCUUUUGAUAGUGAAUGUCAAAAGCUACGUGAAGCAGCAGAAACUGAAGGGCAGCCGAAGGACACUUCAAUUGCAGGAUCUAGUAACAUGGAUCUACUUCAUCCCUCUACUAUGCCUGUAACAUCAUCGGUGCAGACGCCAGAAUUAUUUAAAGGUUCCCUUAAAGAAUAUCAGUUAAAGGGUCUGCAAUGGCUUGUCAAUUGUUAUGAACAGGGUUUGAAUGGUAUCCUUGCUGAUGAGAUGGGACUGGGAAAGACCAUCCAAGCCAUGGCAUUCUUGGCUCAUUUAGCUGAGGAGAAAAAUAUAUGGGGUCCCUUCCUGGUUGUUGCACCUGCUUCUGUCUUGAACAACUGGGCUGAUGAAAUUAGUCGUUUCUGCCCCGACUUAAGAACACUUCCUUACUGGGGUGGACUUCAGGAGAGGCAGAUUCUUAGAAAGAACAUCAAUCCAAAGCGUCUCUAUAGAAGGGACUCUGGAUUCCAUAUAUUGAUUACCAGCUACCAACUGCUAGUCGCUGACGAGAAGUAUUUCCGGCGUGUGAAAUGGCAAUAUAUGGUGUUGGAUGAAGCACAGGCAAUUAAAAGUUCUAACAGUAUAAGGUGGAAGACGUUGCUCAGUUUCAACUGCAGGAACCGCCUACUUUUGACUGGUACACCUGUUCAGAAUAACAUGGCAGAGCUUUGGGCCCUUCUUCAUUUCAUAAUGCCCACCUUAUUUGACAGCCAUGAGCAGUUCAAUGAGUGGUUUUCAAAAGGCAUUGAGAAUCAUGCAGAGCAUGGAGGAACUUUAAAUGAGCACCAGCUCAACAGAUUGCAUGCAGUUCUGAAGCCCUUUAUGUUGCGACGAGUUAAAAAAGACGUGAUAACUGAGAUGACUGGGAAAAAAGAGGUCACGGUGCACUGCAAGUUGAGUUCUCGGCAGCAGGCUUUCUAUCAAGCUAUAAAGAAUAAGAUAUCUCUUGCUGAGUUGUUUGACGGCAGACGGGGACAUCUUAAUGAAAAGAAAAUUCUAAACUUGAUGAAUAUUGUCAUCCAGCUGAGGAAGGUAUGCAACCAUCCAGAGUUGUUUGAAAGGAAUGAGGGGAGCUCAUACCUUUACUUUGGAGAGAUCCCAAAUUCUCUUCUUCCCCCUCCCUUUGGGGACUUGGAGGACAUACACUAUGCUGGAGGUCGGAAUCCCAUAACAUACAUGGUACCAAAACUGGUUCAUCAAGAAAUUGUUCAAAGUGCUGGCUCAGUAUUCAGUCAUGGAGUCCAAAGAGAAUCAUUUGAGAAGCUUUUUAGUAUAUUCUCCCCUCUAAAUAUUUAUAAAUCUGUACUCCCAAAUGAUAGAAGCUCGGAUGGGUCUUUCCCCGUUAACAGAGGGACAUUUGGUUUUACCCAGUUCAUGGAUUUGUCCCCUGGAGAGGUUGCAUUUCUGGCAAAAGGUUCAUUUAUGGAAAGACUGUUGUUUUCCAUUUUGAGGUGGGAUCGACAAUUCUUAGAUGAAUUCUUGGACUUGUUCAUGGAAGCUGAGGGUGAUGAUCUUCAGGACAGUCAGCUUGAUAGUGGGAAAGUGAGAGCUGUUACAAGGAUGUUACUGAUGCCAACUAAAUCCGAGUCUAAUUUACUCAGAAAGAAGCUUGCUACUGGUCCUGGUGAUGCCCCAUAUGAAGCACUGGUUGUUUCACAUCAGGAUAGGCUUUUAUCCAACACCAGGCUUCUUCAAUCAACAUAUGCUUUCAUCCCAAGAACCAGAGCUCCUCCAAUUAAUGCCCACUGCUCCGAUAGAAACUUUGCAUACCAAAUGCUCGAAGAACUACACAACCCUUGGGUGAAGAGGCUACUCUUCGGGUUUGCACGCACGUCACAGUGCAAUGGACCUAGAGAGCCUAAUGGUUCUCAUCAUUUGAUACAGGAGAUUGGCUCAGAGUUACCUGUCAGUCAGCCAAUUCUUCAGCUUACAUACAAGAUAUUUGGGUCGUCUCCACCCAUGCAACCCUUUGACCCUGCAAAGAUGCUUACGGACUCGGGGAAGCUUCAAACGCUUGAUAAUUUAUUGAAGCGGUUGCGAGCUGAAAACCACCGUGUGCUCUUGUUUGCCCAAAUGACUAAGAUGUUGAAUAUUCUUGAGGACUACAUGAAUUAUAGGAAGUACAGGUAUCUUCGACUUGAUGGAUCUUCAACCAUAAUGGAUCGCCGUGACAUGGUCAGAGAUUUCCAACACCGGGGUGACAUUUUUGUGUUUUUGCUGAGUACCCGAGCUGGUGGACUGGGUAUUAACUUGACAGCUGCUGAUACUGUUAUAUUUUAUGAAAGUGAUUGGAAUCCAACCUUGGAUCUACAGGCAAUGGACAGAGCUCAUCGGCUUGGUCAGACCAAGGAGGUCACUGUAUACCGUUUAAUUUGUAAAGAGACAGUUGAAGAGAAAAUUUUGCAAAGAGCAAGUCAGAAAAAUACCGUACAGCAGUUGGUUAUGACAGGUGGCCAUGUUCAAGGCGACCUCCUGGCUCCUGAGGACGUCGUUUCCUUACUUCUUGAUGAUGCCCAGUUGGAGCAGAAACUGAGAGAAGCUCCAUUGCAGGUUAAGGAUCGACAAAAGAAGAAACGUGCAACAAAGGGCAUACGGCUGGAUGCUGAGGGGGAUGCAUCAUGGGAAGAUUUCACAAAUAUUACAGGAUCUGGAUGUGAACUUACUACUGAUCCAGAGAGUGGCAAUGCUAGUAAUAAGAGGAAAGCAAGCUCAGAGAAACAGACCCCUCCAAAAGCACGUUCUCAGAAAGCCCCCAAAAUCAAUGAUUCUUUCAUGGGGAUGGAUGAACCCCAGUGUGUCAACAAUGACCUGGACAAUUCUGUCCAGGAUAGAGACUUACAACAGCAUAAGCCCAAGAGGCCAAAGAGACCGAAGAAGAGCAUAAAUGAGAACAUUGAACCAGCAUAUACUGCAGCCGGCACAGUGACACCAGAGCCUACAGAAUACCCUCAUACAUACGAUUCUGGUGAUGCUGGUUUUAGAGCCAUGGAUGAGAUCUCACCAUCUAACCAUUCACCUACCUGAAAGUAAGUAGGGAAAAUUAAGGCAAAUUGAAAUUGGUGAAAAGUUUCUGGAUGGAUUGAUCCAAGUGGUGGGCUUUUCGCUUUGGAAGCUUGGCGGAAGUUAUAUUCAAAACGAAUGUAGAGGCAACUUCUGGUUGGGUUAGCCUGUGAUACCUCUAUACCAAAGCAAGAGGGCAAGCGGAGCAGCUGUACGAUAAUAUUGUUCAUACUUGUUCUCUGCAGCAUGGUUGCCAAAUCCACUGUUUCGGCAUCACUUUGUUUUCACCAGGAAAUAUGUACAGGAGGGUCAUUGAUCCUCUCUCUAGUUUUGUCAUUUUUUUGGCUGUAAACACAAUGUAUUACAGAUGAUGUAGCUGCUAAAAGGGGAAGUGAAGCAGUGAUGGAGAACCCUGUAUAAAGUAUCGAGUGUCAGGAGCGGACUAAUAGAAAGCUUGGUUAAAAUUGUAA